UUGCUUAGGAUGUGGUCUACAGCAAUUAAGGUCCAUACUCUCACAAUGGCUAUAUAAUCCACUAGAGGAAUUUUUGAAGCCCGGGUCUUUGCUUUCGUGGUCGGAGUCCCGUGGACUCCACCCCCCACCCGCAAGCGUUCUGGUCUUGCCGACGCUGCAUCGUCCGAGUACUCUUUUUCAACCCUGCUUAUCGAUGUUUGGUUUGUUUGGCUUGGUUGAAGCUCAAAAUGUGAUGUCGGACUACACGCGGUGGUGGCGACAGAGCGACACCCACCGCAACCGAAAAAAUCAAGUACGAUCGAAAUGCCCUCCCUCCCCCUCCUAAAAUUAAAAAAAAACUCCUGAAAUUUUCAGUUCCGAUCUUUCAUCUGCCACGGUCCAUCACGUGCGCGAUAGUUCAUCCCUAACACAAUCUUCAAAGGGAAGGAAACAAUUUAGGAACGGUGUUGGGGCAUCCGUCGAUCGGACCUUCCCUUUUCAUCAGUCUUCCCUCCGCACCACGCAACACCCUUGGAGUGAAUAAUAGCGGGGAGGCGUGAACGAAAGUCGCGAUCCCACUGCCCUCGACUCUGGCAAAUGGGGAUACGUCGGCCGAUUGGGAUCCUUUUUUUAUGGUGCUAUAGUCCUAAAAAGGGAGAAAAUAAUAAGGGGGAGGAUAGGCUCCACCGAUCGAUACGCCAUAUUUCCCGAAUGUGCAUUUCCACAAGUGAAAGAAGUCAAACCUAAUUGUGCGGCAUUUUUUCCACGUAUGGGGUUAACUUGGUUUCGUGACGAGUGAAAUUGUUGGGCCUGAAUACCCAUGCACACCCUCUGCGUCUCUAUUCACGGUCUCGCGUCUUUCUUUUCGUUUCUUUUUUCUUUCUUUCCCACCAGUAAUUGAGAACGCCGAUGUGGACACGAAUAGCUUGUAGGUUUAAAAGCCAUGGAUGGUUCCGAUGGGCGCCGGGGACGCGCCCGACAACGUCUCCUUCCGCGUGGGCUCACCAGAUGGUUUCCGCUCCGGGGGGGGAGAUUGGCCCCCUCCGCCCCUCCCGCCCUCUCCACAGGCCGCAAACCAUCAAACCGAACCCCUUCGAGACCUCCUCGGGGAAGUUCGACCAAAGCUUCGAGAAGACCCUGGGGAAUAUCGAAGCCCAGCUUCCUUUUCGCCAGCACCACUUCACCAAAGGCUACAUGUACGAUCGCACCUUCGGCGACGAAACCCAGGAGGCGAUGUGGGAGUCCGCCAAGGCUGACUUGCAUGGAAAGGAGCCGGAGCGCACGGCGGCCAAAGUCGCGCGGAGUUAUUUCAGCGAGACGGACCUCUCCCCCGAGGCCCUGCACGUCCACUCGCCGCGCUUGAAGGCCGCCCAGCAAAUCCAACGCCAGGAGUACGACAAGGCGCUUUUGAAAACAACCGGGGAGCCGCUGGAGUACUACUACCCCUUCGUCUCGGUCGAGGCGAAGCGUCGAAAACAAAUGUGGAUCAUAGCCGGGAUCGCGGGGGGGGUCGGGCUAGUCUGGUAUGGCUGUCGACGGCUCACAGUGUACAUGCUUUCUGUGUAG